AUGGAAGCAGUUAAGGAGAUUUCAGCAGACAUAAUACAUAAAGAAACAGAGAACUACUUAGCUCAAAUGGAAAAAGAAAAUGAAAUUAUCGACAAGCAAGUUCGAGAAUUAUUAGGAAAUUGAGAAAAUACUGAAGAAGAUGCAAUAAAAGAAUAUGACCUCCCACCAAAUAGUAUGUCUAUUCAAUUUCUGGAGUCUCCUCAAAAGCAAUCAGACUCGAGGUUCAGAGAAAGUUCAGGAAAGUUCGAAACACAGUUUAUUGAAGAAGAUAGGGAUCAAAUUUAUCUUCAUCAAAUCAAAUAUUUAGAAUCUCAAUUAGAAAAUUCCACAAAAACUGUUGAAUCUUUAGAGUUAAAACUCACUCCACCCCCCAUCCUUGAUCGAACGACUCGCCAUCGUUCGAUCAAGGAUGGGGGUUAAAAAAAAAUUUUUGGGAAAAAAAAUUUAUAUAUAAAAAAAAAAUAUGUAUAUAUUUUUUUAUUUACUUUUAAAUAAGAGGGUUAAGAGUAUUUAAUAAUUAUUUUUAAAGCAAAAAAUUGAAUUAAUUUCAUAAAAUAUCAAUUUUUAAUAUUUUGAUUUAUUAGUUACCCCUUUAAACUGUAUAAUUUUAAUUUGUUCCUUAUUAAAUUAAAUUUUUUUUUUUAAAAUUUUAAAAAAUCUCUAUUUUAUUAAAUUUAUUGAGUUUUUAAGCCUAGGCUGAUGACUGAAUCACUUCAUACGGUUGAUUCCGAAGCUUUUGUCGUCUCAAAAUCUCUGAAAAAACUUUAUUAUGCAUAUCUUCCCACUUUUGAUAACUAAUAUAUUUUUAUAUUGUAAAAAUUUUCAUGAUAUGAAAAUCGUUCGAUCAAGGAUGGGGGUUAAUUUUCCCAAUUUUUAGGAAUUUUUACAAUCAAUCGUUCGAUCAAGGAUGGGGGGGGAGUCAGAGAAAAAGACAAUAAAAUCAAAGAACUUGAAUCUAAACUCACAAAAACAGCUACAAAUUACAGCCAGUCUCCAAAAAGAGAUAUCUCCUUUUCAAAAGAAAUCCCGGUCACUCAAACUGCAUUUUCUGCAAGCCUCAAGCGAAAAGAGCGAGAGCAAGAAAAAAAAAUUGCUGAAAUGGAAAGUAAAUUAAUCGAAGAGAGAAAAGCUAUGCAAAGACUUCAUCAUCUAAAUAAAGAACUUUUAUCAAAAAUAAAAGAAAUCAGGACCAAUGAUUAGUUUAGAUUAAAGAUCAAUUCUAGCCUGCGUAGGCAUUUAUUUCAGCCCCUACAUGAGUUAGCUUCACGCUCAUUGGCACUAGAUACUAAUAGCUAACGCUUUUUUUCUUCAGCAUCACCAAUAUAGCCACAUCAGAAAAUCUAUUGGAAAGACUCGCCAAUUCCGGUCUUGAUCUUUGGCCAACUAUUAAUGAUAGUUGACCGUCAGCAAGGUUUGAAGUAUUUCUAAAUAGCCCAUCUUCUCCUUUGGCUUGCCUUAGCCCUAUUGCAGACUAAAGAUUGCAUCUCAACAAGUGUAGAAGGAUGUACACCUCGGUCUCGUCUGUGGGUCGAGGAAAAAAGAUCUAGCACAAAAACCCAUCUAAGAAACUAUUCCCAUUGAAUCCACUUUCCUCGCGUCUGGAUCAACUCGCAGGACAUCAAGCACCUAACUCUGCUCGCAAUUUUAAUAAUUCUCAGGACCAAAGAAGAUUAUAAUAAGGCACAAUUAAAUAAAACACAAAUGAGAGAGUCAAAAAUAAGAAAUUUGCUUGAAGAAAAUCAGCAGCUUGGAUUAAUGUCAAGACAGCAACAAAAGCGUAUCCAUGAAUUAGAAGAUGAGCUUGAAGAAACAAAAGCAGCCUAUGAUACUUUGCUGGCAUCUUCAAUGGAAUUCGAAGAAAAAACGAGGGAUUUGUACAGGAUCAACCAAGUAUUGAAUGAAAACUUAAAAAGCUUUAUUGAAGGCGAAUAA